AUGUCUAACCUGAGGAGCAGUAGUUCUAGUGGCAGGAAUGUAAAUUUGGAAGUAUGCAGGCACUCGAAGGAUGGAAGUGUUUCCACCUUGGAUGCCGAUAGUAGUGAUGUGGAGGGUAGGGGAAGUGUGAAAAGUUGGUUUAAAUUUUUGUUGAGAAGUGGCCUCUUCACCGUUUUGUUGUUGGCCAUGCAUUGGUCCAGCAGUGAGGGCCCUUGUUAUGCUGAAUGGACGGGAGAAGGAACAAAUGAGGUGAAGGUGGUCCGAAGGAGAAGAAUGUUACAUUACAUGGGUGGGAAGUACAUGGGUGGGAAAUACAAUUCAUCGUCGCCAAGCAUUCCGGGUUGUUGGGGGAAUGACGCAGAAAAGGAAAAGGAAGUUGGCGGGAGCAGAUUUUCAGGAUAUAAUUUUUACUCCCCCACAACACAACGCUCGUCAUUUUUGUCUCCUUCCUUCUCCACACCAUUUAACUCACUCGUGGCCAUGACCAGUCCCCCUCCAACGAACAUUGAAAUAUGGAGUACCUACGAAGACGGCUUAAGAUAUUUGAAUCAAAGGGCCUUUAGAAAUAUGGGGAAUGAUUUUCGGCACCCAAAUGUUAUGAACAACGCUUUGAAUGAAAAGUACAAAAUUUUAAAUUUUUUAUAUUCUAAGUUGGAUAGAGAUUCUAUAUUGUAUUUAUUUUCUUUUAUCACGGCGUUGAUUCUUUUUAGUAAAUUGGGAGCUCCCAGAUUGUUCGUUCUGGGGUGCGUUAUGGGCAUCCUAUACCACAUUAGAAGAUCUAAGAUGCGGGGUUGA